GGUCGCCCAGAAGCAGCAGGUAAAGGCGUACGACACCUGAGUCCUGAUCUGAACGUCCCGAGUGUGGACUCAGGAAUGCCUGCGGGUUGUUUAUUUAUUUUUUAAGCGCAGUGAUUGAUUAGGUGUGGCCUUGAAUUGCGAAGGAAGUUUGCACUUUCCACCGGGCCUAUAUAACAGCAGGGGCAGCGCACCGACGACUUCUUCCCCGUCGCUCAGUGCCAGAACACUCCUGCGCCUCUCCCAGCUCAUUUCUCCUCGAGCUGAGCGCCGAGAACAAGCUGACGCCUCCAGCUCCAGGACUCACUGGACUCACGACCAGCUCCACAACCUCUUCGGAAUAUGAAUACUUCUCUACUCGGGCUUCUCUUCGUCUAUUCUCUUGUUUUCCUCAGAGCGUCUCUCGGCGCGUCCACGGCGGAGCGCGCGCUCACGAGUCCCACAGCAGGGAAGCCCUCUUACACCCACAGUCAGAGUCCCAGCACAGACGCUCGCAGGGACGAGGACAACUACGACAGCAACGAAGAGGAGCUUUCUGGGGACUAUCAGGAUGUCUACCCCCGAGUGGCAUUUUCCACCAAACCUAAAGACUCAUCUGCAAUGCCCCUUACACAAAACAGAAGGAGAAGAAAAGGGAAGAAGAACCCCUGUUUGAGGAAAAUGUACAGAGAUUACUGCAUUCAUGGGGUGUGUCAAUACCUGGAGGCAUUAAAUCAUACCUCUUGCAUAUGUGAGCCGGGAUACGCUGGCGAGAGGUGUCACAUGUUUACAUUGCCUGUUGUUCAUGGGCAAUACUACAACCAGACUGCGGCUUUGGCUGUAAUAGCAGUGAUCCUGUCUUUGAUGUGUCUCACCUUUAUUGGCAUUAUGUUGACCUUCAGGUGUCACAAAAAAGGUGAUGAUGACGUGGAGAGUGAGGAGAAGACAAAGCUUGAGACAGAGACUGUACAGUAGUCCUGAGAAAGCAAGGAGAAACGAUUGGUUUGGUGGAAAUGCAGAGGGAACUUUUGGCCAAGGGAACUCGUCACUACUGAGGAAUCUGAUGGCUUCUGUCACAUUACAUGGAUGCCAAAUACUCGCAUGAAGGAUAUAAUGAACUUUGCUUUGAAGAGCUUAGAUAUCUUCCAUCUGCAGAACAAAAAGACAACUCCAUCUGUAUGAAAAAUGUACAAGAAAUGAAGAAAAUCCCUGAAUGUAGCUGCAUCAAAAUGUAUUCAUCAUUGUCUUUUCUAUUUAUUUAUUCUUCUCUUAAAGAGAAGAUCGCUUGACUGUCAUCCUUGAAACACUGAAAAUUAUUUAUUUAUGCUAUUUAUUUUGCUAUAUAAUCAUUUUGUAUAUUUACUCAAUGCACUGUGUUUGUCAGAUGUAGUUGAACAGAGGCUCUGUACGCCAUCACACCGGAUUCAAAAUGUGACCACUGUCCUGGAUUAUGUUCUUCACUCAUUCGCUGGGAUCUACCUUGGACUGCCAGGUUAUUUAGUAGCGGUAAACUCACUGCGUUCUUGCUGUCUUGGGUCUCACAAUACAGUAGCACAGAGCUGUACAGCAAACCAAUGAGCAGCCAGUUAUCCAGUUAUUUACAGUUCCUGAAGUGUUGUGUCACUGUCCAAUUACUCACAGACUGCACUGUAUUUUUUUAACUGUACAAAUAUAUUUAUUAUUGUAAAAUCAAGUAACUAUCUAAAAAUGACUGCCUUUUAUGCUUUAAAUGUUGUUAUGUUAAAUGUUUGAAUUUACAUAUACACUUAAAAAUACUUCACAUGUGUAAAUCGAUUCCACGUGAAUAAAAUAUGACAUCAACUCAAUUCUUGCCAAAAAUAGGUGAAGUGAAUAAAUAAAUUGGGUUAUUAUAAUAGUUUAUUUAUGUAGAACCGAUGUAUGUAUUCUAAUUAAGUUAGCAUUUCUUUUCAGUGUAGGAUACCCCUAAUUCAUCUCAACAGAUUUAUUUAUACACAUACUGUGAAAAAAAGAAAAACUUUGUGGGUUUGUUUUGGCAGUAUUAGUUUAUUUUGUGGAUACUUUUGGAAAAAGAGUUAAAUGAAGCAUUGCUUUGGUUUCAAGUAUGUUGAAUAAAAUGAAAGACUUUCAAAGUUA